AUGCGAAUAGUAGUGCCCCUUCCUCUAAAAUUACGUUCUCAGACUUUACCAUCUUCUACGGUGCCGUCUCCUCCUAUGACACCCGUACCGAGCACAGAUGUUCCUCUUUCAACAAUUGAAGUGAAUCCACACCCAAUAAGUAAUGCGCCAAAUUUUAAUGUACCGCCAAAGAAACCUACAUCUCAAUUACCAGAAAACAUACACCCUAUUAACACGAAUACAGAAAUUCCCGUUACACACGUACCGUUAACGGCCACACCAGUUAAUCCGAAUAAUCCCGUAGCAUUGCCCAGAAAUAUCGCACCACUAGAUGGAAUGGCAGAUCCAUUUAGUAAUAAUCACCCUG